GUCUUUUGGUUAUCAUUUGCCGACUCACUUUAUUAAGAUUUGAGCAUCAAUCUAUCUCCCUCGACCAUAUAAGCUUCCAUUAACAAUAAACAGAAUUGUGAACGAAAUAUCGCUUGAAAACCGAUGAUCAGGGUCCGGCAUCGUCGCUUAGCGAACACAAGAAUCAACCAAAGCCUGAAGAUCAUGGCACCGACUCCAUCCAUGUUUAGUUCCCAUGGUUAACCAUUGGUAUCUUUUACGAUGCAACUCCACGCGUACGUACAGCCACAGCGCUUAUAGGUUGGAUGGAAUGAUCAUUGUCAUUGGCAGUUUUGAUUGCUAUCAGCAUCGAAGUGCAAUUUGCAACAUAACGCCACCUGCAGGAGUGAAUAUCAUAGCCACUACUAUCGCCGUAUAGAUGGAUAAGAUGCAUCUUAAGCGUGUUUACCUACAUAUAAAGCGCUCGCCGAAAGAGGGUGGUAGCGGUGGCUUAACUACCUAGCAAUAUCCAGACUUGGUCCCUGUCGAGUGAUAAAAACCCUGGAGGUACUCGGUCGAUUCCAACAUGGGCAUUGAGCAGCUUCGGAAAUUCUAAGUUAGCCCGUCGAACACUCGAGGCACAAUGUUCGUUUAGAGCUACUGGCGACACGGUUCCUGAUGAGAAGCUUCUGAGUUUAAGAUCGAACCCUAUGGUCCUAAAGCUUCGUGGGUACGCCUUCGACCAUAUCACCACCCUAUCCCAAGCCCCCAUAAAGGAACUAUACCCCAAUGGAUCACAGCAUUUCUACAACGGAAGAGACGACAUUUUUGGGGUAUUUGGCCGCAUGAUGGACCCCGGGGGCUUCGAUACCUUAAAGGAAGUGCUGCUCCAAUAUGCGCAGAAUCCGGAGAAGGUUCAGGAAAAACUUAAUAAUCACUUCCGAACACACCGGGACUAUCUCCCGGGGGAGGCAGUGAAAAUCCUGAAGAUGACCCAAGGCCACUGUGAAAAGUCGGGAUGUUACGAGACAAUAGAAACUUUGACAUGCUUGGAUCGCUGUUUCUUCCGCACAUCAAAUGGUGCAUUCGUGUUUUGUCCAUGGACGGCACGAGAGGGUGAUGUGGUCACGAUGCUCUUCGAGGCGAAGGUGCCAUACUUGUUGAGACCCGUUCGAGGCUACAUCGAUCAAAUUGUCGAUGAUACCUGUGCUGAUGCAUAUCAACUAGUUGGUGAGUGUUAUUUGGACGGUUAUAUGAAUGGCGAGAUCUUGGAAACACAGAAUGCCUUAAGCAUUCAAGUUUUGUUAUUUGAUUUGGUGUAACUAGGUAGGUAGGUGGGUAAUCGGUUCGCGAGGAGCUUGUUGUGUGUUUUUGACAAGAUUCAGGAUGGCCAAUUGUAGAUUGAUUAGAAA